CGAGGUAGUCGAUCUGAUGGUUGUCGAAAUUAACUUUCCUUUUAAAAUCUUCAAAAAACCUUAUUUGAAAACCAUGAGAAAUUUUUUGGGAUUUUUUGAGAAAUUAUUAGCUUUAUUUCUGUUGUACAUAAUAUCGAGGGAUUUUGUAGCUUCGAAAGUUUGGUCCACGGGAUUGAAAAAGCAAGAGGGUGUUCGAAUGAAAGAUCGUUUGUUGGAUUCUGUGAAUGGUCUCGGAUAUAUUAUGUGCAUUAGAGAAUGCAAAUCCCGCGGUAAAUGUGUAUCUGUGAGCUAUAACAGACAAAAUCUAAUUUGUGAUUUAUACUGGAGUAGCAUUGAGACAGAGAGUGAUCAGUCAAAAAUUUUAACAGACCCAUUCUUUACAUAUGUGGAUAUGGCGGACGUUCCAACUACUAUGGCACCUUCUUACACAACACAGACAAAUAAUGGAUCCACGAACAUGAAAUGUGUACAGCUGAGUAGUAAGAAGACAGUAUGUGUCAACACAGUUUCAGCUUUAACACAAACUACCGCUUCCGCGCCUUUGUCUACACAACCGUCAACAUUGAUGUCAGUUUCACUUCCUAUAGAAUCAACAUCUACAGCAUCAACCACUGUGGACCUUACAACUGAAGCCGUGUUAACAACCUCUACAUUACCAGUAUGUCCAUCGCAGUAUAUACUGAGCGAUAAUAAGAAGUUAUGUAUUUCUCUUGUGCAGACCAAAAUGUCACGUGACGAUGCCAAAACAGAGUGCAGAACAACGACCAACAGCGUAUUACUAUUGAUUGAUUCAGCUGAAACACAAAGUACUGUUGAAACUUUUUUGACGCAACAUUUUGGCUCAGGUUUAUCAGAGAAAGAACUGUGGAUAGAUGGAACAUAUCAGAAUUCACAGUGGUCAUCAUCUUUCGGUGUAUUAACAUAUACAAACUGGGAAAAGUCCAGAAAGGGAAACGAAGAUUGUAUUCUAUUUAAGAUGAAAAGUGGCGAGUGGAAGCCCUCUAAAUGUAAUCGUGAUAAAUUUUUCUUAUGUCAGAUACAGAUUUCAUAGAUUUCCCAUAUCACAUGAGUAGAAUGGAAGUCUAAGAUACAUCAGAUAAGUGCUCUAUGCAAAAGGAUUUUAUACAUUAUUACUGUUAUGUUGAAGCAUUCUAAUAAAAUAUAUUUCAUGUU